GCGAACUAUUACAAGGUCUACUAACAAUAAUCGAAAGAGGGUAGAGUUGGUAGGGAUUUUAAUGCCUUUCUUAAGAAAAACUCAUUUUCUUAGAUAAAUUAAUAGUAAUUUAAGUUGUUAUGAUAAUUUAUGAUAGAUAUAAACUUUAUUGCAACUAAUAGUGAGAUUGUUUGUGCUUAAGAAGUUUAAUUUUAAAAGAUAAGAAGACCAACGCCCGAAUUGCGUCACUUGAAAUGCUUAGAAGUUGAAGAAGACAUAAAAAAUGGGAAAUAGUCACAGUAGUUCGGAAUAUCGUGAGCAAAUCGGAAGAAAUCGGACUAUCGACCGUCUUAGAAGAAGCAUCAGAGCGAGCUUACAUAAAAGGAAGAGGGAAGGAAACAAGUGGCACGACGAUGAGGUUGCUGUUCGAAAUGGUGUUUGUAGCUUUCCUGUCAAGUAUUUAGGAUGUGUACAGGUAUUCGAAUCUAGAGGGAUGCAGGUGUGCGAGGACGCUCUGGAAGAACUACGCAAGUCGAGGAAACAUCCCGUCAGGGCGGUUUUGCACGUUAGCGGCGACGGCAUUCGCGUGGUCGAGGACGAAACUAAAGGACUGUUAGUCGAUCAGACUAUAGAGAAAGUCUCUUUCUGUGCGCCGGACAGGAACCACGAGAAGGGCUUUUCUUAUAUUUGUCGCGACGGAGCUACUAGAAGAUGGAUGUGUUACGGAUUUCACACGACGGGAGAUUUGGGAGAGCGUCUGAGUCACGCCGUCGGGUGUGCGUUUACAGUUUGUUUGGAGAAGAAAAUGAAUAGAGAUAAGGAUACGACGGUUACCGCCCAGACCGAACCCUCCGCUUUUGUCAGAACGGGCUCUUUUAAACGGGCGCCGUUAACCGAAAGAAUAAAGGAUCCUCAACGGUGUAAACUGUCGGAACCGCCGCCCGUGAAGUCCGUACAGAAUCCCCACGCGAUAGAAAGACCCCACGCUCCUACGCUAAUGCUCCAACGGCAGGCUUCCUGUCGACGUUUUGGAAAACUCGACCGCGCUUCCCCUUUUAAAAGGCAGCUUUCGUUACGAAUAACCGAUUUACCUUCCACUCAAGCCAGGCAGCAAGCAAUGUGCUUAAAUCCUAUCGAGAAUUUUCAUCAACCCAUUAUUGAACUAUCACCCAUGAGUGAAUUCCUGAAUGAAAUUAAGGAGAUAAAUAACGAUACAAAAUUUUGUAAAAGUAAUAGUGCAGUAUCGACCGACGAAACAACAGACGUAAAAGAACAAAUUCCAAAUGGUAGUAGUCAGUCGGUGAAUUCUGCAAAAAGUAUUCAACCAUCUGUUUCCCAAAAAACUGAUAUUUCUAAGCAAGAAAAAUCAAAAACGCUGUUUGAAAUAUCUUUAGAAGCACAAGCUUGUAAGAAUGACAUUCCUAGUCCCGGAGAAUUUGACAAAAAGUGGAUGGCGUUAGACACUUACCAAAAUAUUAAUUCCAAUUCUGUAAAAACUUUUGAGGUCCAUAUGUGAUAAUCAGGUGCAAUAGAUAUGGUAAGACUUGUUAAACUAUAUAAUUGUAUUUGUGUUACCAUUUACAUAUAUGGUUUUUUACACCAUAAAUGUGACUUAUGAUUACAUUCUUUAAAUAAUUUACAUUUUUUAUAAUAUACAGGGUGAGGAAGUUGCUGUUUUAACAGGGUUGGUUUUAAAAAAAUAUAUUAUAUAUAUAUUAUUUACUUAUUAUUUAACUGACUCAUUUUAAACAAUAAUAAUUAUUGCUUCA